AUUCACUGAUUAGAGCCAGCGCUGAGAGGCAGCACUGCUCCUUCUCUCACACCAACCGAGUCUCUUGAUCUGUACAUGCAAUCCCAGGCAGCUCGCGAACACAAACCCGGGGCCAGCCGCCCACUGCUGCUGCCGCCGCCGCCGCCGCCGCUGCCUCCGCCGGCUCUGCGCACCCGGGACUUUUCAUGCACCACACUCCCCGCCUUCUUCCCUCUGUGUCCUGAAAAGUGCGACCGUUCUCCCAAGGAAUUUCCACGGUCUUAGAAGGGGAUGAUUCCCCAGUAAUAUUCUCUGCUCUGAUCCAACGUGCUGCUUGGCCUCCCUCCCAGGGAAGAUUGUUUCUUGUCUGACGAAGGCCAUAGAAAGAGACUCCAAUGGACUUACACCGGGCAGCCUUCAAGAUGGAGAAUUCAUCCUACCUUCCCAACCCUCUGGCAUCCCCAGCACUGAUGGUCCUGGCGUCCACGGCUGAGGCCAGCCGUGAUGCUUCUAUCCCUUGUCAGCAGCCACGACCCUUUGGUGUACCCGUCUCAGUAGACAAGGACGUGCACAUUCCAUUUACCAACGGUUCCUACACCUUUGCCUCUAUGUACCACCGGCAAGGUGGGGUGCCAGGCACUUUUGCCAACCGUGAUUUCCCCCCUUCUUUACUACACCUCCAUCCUCAGUUUGCACCCCCAAACCUUGAUUGCACCCCAAUUAGUAUGCUGAACCAUAGUGGCGUGGGGGCUUUCCGUCCCUUUGCUUCCACUGAGGACCGGGAGAGCUAUCAGUCUGCCUUCACACCGGCCAAACGACUUAAGAACUGCCAUGAUACAGAAUCUCCCCACUUACGCUUCUCAGAUGCAGAUGGCAAGGAAUAUGACUUUGGGACACAGCUGCCAUCUAGCUCCCCUGGUUCACUUAAGGUUGAUGAUACUGGGAAGAAGAUUUUUGCUGUCUCUGGCCUCAUUUCUGAUCGGGAAGCCUCAUCUAGCCCAGAGGAUCGGAAUGACAGAUGUAAGAAGAAGGCAGCAGCAUUGUUUGACAGCCAGGCCCCCAUUUGCCCCAUCUGCCAGGUCCUGCUGAGGCCCAGCGAGUUGCAGGAACAUAUGGAACAGGAACUGGAACAACUGGCUCAACUUCCUGCCAGCAAGAAUUCCCUUCUGAAGGAUGCCAUGGCUCCAGGAACCCCCAAGUCCCUCCUGUUGUCCACUUCUAUCAAGAGGGAAGGAGAGUCUCCAACAGCAUCACCACAUUCAUCUGCCACUGAUGACCUGCACCAUUCAGACAGAUACCAGACUUUCCUGCGAGUGCGAGCCAACCGGCAGACCCGACUGAAUGCUCGGAUUGGGAAAAUGAAACGGAGGAAGCAAGAUGAAGGGCAGAGGGAAGGCUCCUGCCUCGCUGAGGAUGAUGCUGUGGACAUCGAGCAUGAGAAUAGCAACCGUUUUGAAGAGUAUGAGUGGUGUGGACAGAAGCGGAUACGGGCCACCACUCUCCUGGAAGGCGGCUUUAGAGGCUCUGGCUUCGUCAUGUGCAGUGGCAAAGAGAACCCGGACAGUGAUGCUGACUUGGAUGUGGAUGGGGAUGACACUUUGGAGUACGGGAAGCCACAAUACACGGAGGCUGACGUCAUCCCCUGCACAGGCGAGGAGCCUGGUGAAGCCAAGGAGAGAGAGGCACUCCGAGGCGCAGUCUUAAAUGGCGGCCCUCCCAGCACUCGAAUCACGCCUGAGUUCUCUAAAUGGGCCAGUGAUGAGAUGCCAUCCACCAGCAACGGUGAGAGCAGCAAGCAGGAGGCCAUGCAGAAGACCUGCAAGAACAGCGACAUUGAGAAAAUCACUGAAGAUUCAGCUGUGACGACGUUUGAAGCCCUGAAAGCUCGGGUCAGGGAGCUUGAACGGCAGUUAUCUCGUGGGGACCGUUACAAAUGCCUCAUCUGCAUGGAUGCAUACUCGAUGCCCCUGACGUCUAUCCAGUGUUGGCAUGUGCACUGCGAGGAAUGCUGGCUGCGGACUCUGGGUGCCAAGAAACUCUGCCCUCAGUGCAACACGAUCACAGCACCCGGAGACCUGCGGAGGAUCUACUUGUGAGCUCACUACCCCUGGCAGGCCUUGCCUCAAGCAGCCCCACCUGCCCCCAGCCUCUGUGACAGUGACCCUCUCCCCCUGUACAUACUUGCACACAGGUUCCCUAUGUACAUAAAUGAACAUUCUCUCUCUCUCUCUUUCUCUUACACACACACACAUACACACACACAAACACAAAUACAAAUGACUCUGGAGCCAGAGUGGAGGUUGAGGCCUGGGCCCUGCCUUUUGGCCCCCAUGAAAAUUGGGGCCCAUACCUGUUCCAGGGUGGGGCAGGGGUGUAGGGGGCAAGGCUCUUGAGAUCCUGCCCCCAGACAGACAGAUGGACAGACAGACAUGCAAACACCAGACUGAAGCACAUGUAAUAUAGACCAUGUAUGUUUACAAUGUUGUGUAUAAAUGGGACAACUCCUUAUCCUCUAGCCCUCCCCUCCCCCUUUGGUUGUAUGAUUUUCUUCUUUUUUAAAGAACACCUGAAGCAGUGCCUCCUUCAGGGCUGGUUGGGGGCUCGGCCCAUCCACCUCUUGGGGUGCCUGCCUUCCCCACCCCAUGGUGUCCCUUCCCUCUCCCAUGUGCUCGGUGUUCAGUGGUGUAUAUUUCUUCUCCCAGACAUGGGGCACAUGCCCCAAGGGGCAUGAUCCUCUCCUUAGUCUUAGCUCAUGGGGCUCUUUAAAAGGAGUUGGGGGGGCAGGAAAUGGGAACCGAGCUAAACCAGGGGCUGAUACUGGGGCUGGAUGAGGGUGCUCCUGGCUGCCCAGCCUCUUGCCAAGAAUUAUUCCUGGGAUUAGAGCUGCUGUUCCCAGGGAAAAGUGUGUCCCCUGCCCCCAACCUCACACGGGCCCCAUGGUGUGAUGCUGUGUCUGUAUAUUCUAUACAAAGGUACUUGUCCUUUUCCCUUUGUAAACUACGUUUGACAUGGAUUAAACCAAUAUAAACAG